UGUAUGCGCCCUAUGAAGGGCACUACAGCUGUGAACGGAUUGAGAGUGGUCCAGUGUGAACAUGGCGUCUCUGUACAAGGUUGUGAGCGGCGCAGGGCGCAGAGGAGCGCGUUUCUUCCUGAAAGCUGAAGUUUCUCCGGGCGGUAGAUUUUACAGCAGCGGUGAUGGAGGAGCUUCAGCCGCCGGAGGAGCGGAGGAGAAACACAAAAGCGGAUUUGCUGCUGCUUAUGAACUUCAUUCUGAACUGAAACAGCAGCAGGACACCAAGACUCACAGGGCACACAGAGACGGUAAUCGCUCCCCUGAUGACCCCCAGUCUUUUGCCUCGCUGCUGCGUCACUCUCCGUUGAUCCAGAUGGGUCCGGCCAAGGACAAAAUCGUCCUCGGUAAAGUUUUCCACGUGGUCCAGGACGACCUGUACAUCGAUUUCGGAGGCAAGUUCCACUGCGUGUGCAAGCGGCCCCAGACGGACGGCGAGAAAUACCGGCGUGGCAGCGUGGUCCGGCUCCGGCUGGAGGACCUCGAGCUCACCUCGCGCUUCCUGGGUGCAAACACGGACACCACGCUGCUCGAAGCCGACGCCACGCUACUCGGGCUGCUCGAGGGGAAAGAGGCCAAAGAGAAGGAGUAGCAGCUGUGGACGAGUAGCUACGGAUCGUCGCUUUACGACCCUUCAAUACUUUGCGUUUGUUCUGUGAACAGAAAUGUGAAUAAAUUGUUCUUGAAAUGUUGAUCAUGUAAA